AUGUCUUCGAUAGAUAAUAAACCUACAGAUAAUUUUAAUAGAAGUUUAAAAUCUCUAAUAUUUUCUUCGAGAACAUCAAAAUUCUUUCAACAUAGAUUAACUUCAUAUAAUAACAAUAAUCUUAAAAAUGUUAAAAUAAAUUUACCUUUAAAAGAAAAUGAGAAUAAUAAUAAUAAUAAUAAUGAUAAAAAGAUAUCAAUUAUAACAAAAGAUGAUGUAAUUUAUCCAAUUAUUAAUGAUAAAGAAAAAAUCAAAGAUAAUAUAGAUGAUAAAAAACAAAUUUUUAAUAAAAUUUCAACAAAGAAUUUACCAUUACAAGAAGAGAUAAAAACAACAAAAAGUUUACCAUCACAAGAAGAAGUAAAUAUUUUAUUUUUACAAGAAUUAUUACAAGAUUUUGAAAAAGUUUUAACAAUUACAGAAGAUUUUAAAGGAUUUGAUAAAUAUGCAACUGAUUGGAUGAAAAAUUAUAUUCAAGAGAAUAUGAAAAAGACAAAAACAGAAUAUAUAUUUGAAGUUUUAUUAAAUUUUUAUCAAGAAAAACAUCUUCAAUAUUUUUCAUCAAUUUUGGGAUUUUUUUAUCAAUAUGGAAUUGGAAAUAAAAUUGAUAAAAGGAAAGCUUUAGAAUUAUAUAAAUUAGCAACUUUACAAAAUAAUUCAGGAAAAUAUAUUUAUAAUCAUUUACAAAAUAUAAAUAAUUCUGUUGGAAAAUAUUUAUUAGCAUUAUAUUAUUAUAAAGAUAUUAUUGUAGAUAAACAAUCAUCAUUAAAAUGGAGUUAUAAAUCAGCAAAGAAAGAUAAUCCUGUAUCACAAUAUGAAGUAGGAUAUUGUUAUGAGAAUGGAAUAGGAACCAUACAAAGUGAUAAGAAAGCUUUUGAAUGGUAUAUGAAAUCUGCUAUUGGUGGGAAUUCAAAAGGACAAUGUUCAUUGGCUUGGUGUUAUCAACAAGGGAUUGGAAUUGACAAAGAUGAUAUAAAAUCUUAUGAAUGGUACUUAAAAUCCGCAGAAGGGGGGAAUAUGAAUGGUCAAUGUAAUGUAGCAUAUUAUUAUGAGAAUGGGAUUGGAACCGAAAAGGAUGAACAUAAAGCAUUUGAAUGGUAUGAGAAAAGUGCUUUAAAUGGAAGCACUUUUGGUCAAAAUAGUUUAGGAUAUUUUUAUGAAUUUGGUAUUGGAACUGUAAAAGAUCCCGUUAAAGCUAUUGAUUGGUACACAAAGUCCGCUAAAAGAGGUAAUAAUAUUGGACAAUUUAAUUUGGGAAGAUGUUAUCAUGAUGGUAUUGGUAUAGAAAAGGAUGUAAAGAAAGCCUACGAGUGGUUAUUAAAAUCUGCGAAAGCUGGAAAUCAACAGGGUCAACUUUAUCUUGAAAGAUUCUUUUAUAUUAAAAUGAAACCAUAA